GCAUGUUGCUGACAAGCGGCCCUCGGAAAAACACCAUCCAAGUCGGGACGAGAGACCAGGGGGGGAUAAACCGGGUCGUAGUGUACACGUGUGUUGCACCCAUGAGAAAUACAUAUUGAGGGCCUUCCCCUCGGUUCGCGAAUGGAGAUGCUGAUUGCCAACCCCCCCCCCUUCCUCCUCUCCCUCCUCUCCCUCCUUUGUCUCACCUCAGUCCAACCAGACAUCUUUCUGGGCCAUUAAUUCAGGAUGAGGACCACCACCGCUUCUCUCCUCGCUUUCGCCGUCCCCGCCCUGGCAACCGCCGGCGGAGGACCAGGCCACGGACAUGAGGGCCCCAAGGGGCCCGGCUGCGGAGACGGUGGCCCCAAGCUGCCCCUCGUCAAGUCGGAUAAGCUCCAGGCCCUGGUCAAUAUUGAGGACCUCCUCGCUGGCUCCCAGAAACUCCAGGACAUCGCCGACGCUAACGGCGGCAACCGCGCUUUUGGCGGCGGCGGCCACAACGCCACCGUCGACUAUCUCUACGAGACGCUGACCGGCCUCGACUACUACGACGUGGUCAAGCAGCCCUUUACCGAGAUCUACUCGGAGGGUACCGGCUCCCUCAGCGUCGACGGCGAGGACAUCCCGGCCGAUAUCCUGACCUACACCCCAGGCGGUGAAGCCACCGGGCCGCUCAUCGCCGUCGCCAACGUCGGCUGCGACGCCGCCGAUUACCCCGCCGAGGUGUCAGGCAAUAUCGCCUUCAUCUCGCGCGGCACUUGUCCCUUUAGCCAAAAGUCCAUCAACGCCAAGGCUGCUGGCGCUGUGGCGGCUAUCAUCUACAACAACGAGGCCGGCGAGUUGGCGGGCACCCUGGGUGAGCCGUUCAAGGAGUAUGCGCCCGUUGUAGGCAUCAGCUUGGAGGACGCCCAGGUGCUGUUGGAGAAGCUGGCCCAGGGCGAGGUCACCGCCGCGGUCAAGAUUGAUGCGCUGGUUGAGGAGCGCGUGAGCUACAAUGUCAUUGCUGAGACGAAGGGCGGUGACCACGACAAUGUGUUGGUUCUCGGUGGCCACAGCGACUCGGUGCCUGCCGGGCCCGGUAUCAACGACGACGGCUCCGGCACCAUUGGCAUCCUCACUGUCGCUAAGGCACUCGCCAAGUUCCGCGUUAAGAACGCCGUGCGCUUCGCCUUCUGGAGCGCCGAGGAGUUCGGCCUGCUCGGCUCGUACUUUUACAUGAACUCGAUCAACGGCUCCGAUACCGAGGUGGCCAAGAUCCGCGCCUACCUCAACUUUGAUAUGAUUGCCAGCCCCAACUACAUCUACGGUAUCUAUGAUGGCGACGGUGGUGCCUUCAACCUCACAGGGCCGGCCGGUUCCGACGUCAUCGAGAAGGACUUCGAGGACUUUUUCAAGACCAAUGGCGUAGCGUCGGUACCUACCGAAUUCUCGGGUCGUUCCGACUACGCCGCUUUCAUUGAGAACGGUAUUCCCUCGGGCGGUCUCUUCACCGGCGCUGAGGUGCCCAAGACCGAGGAGGAGGCCAAGCUGUUCGGCGGCGAGGUCGGCGUGGCAUACGACGUCAACUACCACAAGAUUGGCGACGACAUGAGCAACUUGGCGUUGGAUGCGUACCUGCUGAAUACCCUGUCGAUUGCGAACUCGGUGGCCAAGUAUGCCCUCAGCUUCAAGAGCUUGCCCCCGGUGGAGACCAAGACGAGGAGGUGGGAUGCGGAUCGCGCGCGGAUCCUGAAGCGGAGUGGAGGAUCUCACGGCCAUGCUGGGCAUUCCCAUUCGGGGCCUUGCGGUGGUGGCCCGACCAUCUAAGCUUGUUUACAUGUAUGUAAUUUCAUGACGGGGGCGGUAUAUGAUUCAUGACAAUGUAUAUUCGAUGAUGAGCACCAAGGUUUCUUGACUUGGACUUGUGAC